UAUUUUGUAAAUUUAGCAGCAAAAAUGAACGGACAAAGUCAGAUUACCGCCCUCCAAUCUAAGUUACGUACAAGCGAGGCUAAUUUUGAUAAAGAGAAAGCCCUUCUAGAGCAAAAAGUCAAACUGAUGAAAAUUGAGCUAGCCGAAGUGACAGAAAGAGAAAAAUAGCCAGUGAAAGAUGUACGAAAUGAUGUUAGGAGCUCUCAAAUCUAAAAAUGACCGUUCCUAUAAUGAGGAGUUGCUUAAAUAAACUCGCUUCGAAUAAGACAGGCCAGAGCGAAGAAGCCCAGGUCUUAAUGAGCAAGUACUCUGAAUCGACUGUGAAGUUAGAGGAGAUAUUAAAUUGUAUUAAAAGUGGUAAGAACGAGGACAGCUUCCUCAAGAUUAUCAAGCUGAAAGAAGACCAUGGGAAACAUAUCAAAAAUCUUAAAAAUGACUAUGAAAAUCAAAUUUCUGAUAUCAAGCAAAUCCACAAGGAAGAGACAAAGAAAUUACUUGAUCGGAUCAAAGAACUAGAGAAUAAAGCAGUCUUUCCAGAAGUUUGUGAGAUUGAUCUCUCCAGUGCUCUCACAGGGCUCAACACCAGCUGUGCCAAUGAUUAUGGAACUCAUCGUAGUGGCCGGCUAAACACCAAAGAGAACAGCAAAGGCAAGGAAAGGAUGACUUCCCUUGAAAUAUGUGAUGUAGCGACCCAUUCUAAAUCUAAAAAUAAAGCUAAUUUCUUGCCAAUUAAAAACAUAAAGAACAACCUACGAUGUGGCAAAGUUAGUCUUGAAGAAUACGAAAAGUUGAAGAAAAAGUUAGAGAAGCAGAAGGGACUUAUUGCUAACCAGAAGAUCAACGAGAAAAAGCUAAAAAGUGACAAUACAAUGCUCUCUCAUAAAAUCCAGUCUCUUAAUAAAGAAAUCAAUGAGUUGAAGCACAGGCUUAAUAAGCUAAUCAAGGUUGACAAGAAGAUGACAUCUUCUAAGAAGAAGAACCGUCUUGGGAGUCAUAUGUCCAGAGGUGUCAAGAAUGCAUUUGAGACCAAGAAAUUAUUCGGCAACCGAAAGCUCAGCCAUGCUUGUAAAAGUCCAAAGAUGAAGAAAGUCCUCUCUAAUCGUGCUUUAAUCGAGUCAAGAGUUGGCAAUGCAUUUGGGAGGAGGGAGACUCUUGAUAUUAACAAAAGUGGAAGUCUCCUAAACCUUGGAUUACAUGAAGACAAGAAUCAUAGAAUUUCAGAAAUAACGAACAUUAUGACAAGUGAUGAAGAUAUAAGUUCAAACUAUGUCCCCAAGAAUGAUCGGUCAGUCACACAAAAUAGCUCAAGGAAUAAGCUUGGGAGAUGUGGAAGCACCCAAAAUCAAAUAGCUAGGAAGAAACUAGCAGAGAGUAAAUCUUGCAAUUGCUCUGAACUUUACCAAGACCAACAAAUUAUGAGGAGUAAUUAUAAUACUACCUCUAGUCAAGCUACUCCUCAACAGUUUGGAAAUUCUUGUACGCAUAACUGAGACCCAGUUAGACAAUCAAUGGAGAAUGAAUUAAUGAACCAUGUCUCAAAUGCGGUCUCCUCCUUCCUAUCAAUGCAUGAGGCCAAGGCUAGGCAUGCAAGGGGCAACUCUAAAUCAGACAUUGGCUUCACUAAUCCAGGAGAUUAUGGACAGUUAGAAUGCACAAAUGAGUAUGAGAACGAAUACAUUGAUACUACUCUUCAGUCCAGAGAUAAUCAUCACUUGGGAAAUAACGUCUUAACCGAAUAUAACGGUUGUAAUAAUGAUCGUAAGAGAGGUCAACAUAGUACAACAAGGAAGAAGCAAGCCUGCUUCCAUCAAAAUAAUCUAAAGGGUCAAUAUUCAAUUGAUCAAAGUUUGUACAACACAGAGACCCAGGCAGAAAUAUUCUCAAAUGACAUGAACAAGAGACAUAACUCUAAACCUAAGCAUAAUGAAAUGUUCGGCCAGAGAUCUUUUAGUAGUCGAGGCCCUGUAAUCUCAUCUCAUCUUAUGGGUCUGAAUAAAUUAAUGAAGAGGAAGGUAUCCCCAAUACAAAGAGAUGAAGUUGACCGUUUGUUGACCUCAGGUAAUUCUAUCUUCGAAUCCUGAGAGAGCCAGAAUAAAUUCCAAUACUGAGUAAAGCAGAGUCUUCAAGAGGAGGACGACGAGGAGAGCAACCUCUUACAUCCAUGAGAAGAAAGUCUUAAAGAAACCAGUAAUGAAAUGAUGACGCUGACUAUUGAUGAAGGACUCCAGGACAAUCCUCCAGGAGAUUCUACCGGAAGUGAAGAUGACCAACAGAUGGAUGAGAAUAUUGAAAUGGAGAGAAUUGCCAAAAUGAACUUCUACGCUUUCAAAUCAAUUGACAAAGAAGGGAUAGUCGGAAUGUGACAGGAUAUUAAGAAAAAUAAAUCUCCAAACACAAAAAGUCAACUCCCUACCAGAGCAGAAAGUGGGAUGAGUAGCAAGUAUAAGUCAUUCCUCAACAAAAGUGUCAACGACUGUGGGAACUUAAUGAUCUCAAAUUCCUUACUAAAGCCAAAAGACACUAAUUCCACCAGAGAACAGCUGCACUACAUUGAUGUACCCUUCUCCAAACGCCCUCAACUAUAACCUAAAUAAUCCAAUCUCUUCCAAAC